CCUCGUUUCUAGUUCUUAGCGAAUGUCUUGACCUCCAAGAGUCUAUAGAAGAAGUCGAAGGUAGUAGUGCCGCCAAUCCUGGUUUGGGCAGAGUGCCACCAUGAGAGAAUUGAACUACACCCUCCUUGAUCUCUUCGGUGAUGACAUCCUUGGUCUUGCCAUCCUUGAAGCGCUUCUUAGCCUCGGGCAACCAAGUAGAGGUACUUGAGUCCAGCCUCUGGCUUCUCGGGAUCAUUCUAUGCGAUAAUGAAGCGAGGAAUGAGCUCUUCAGCCAUACCAAUGCGAGCACACUGUUCUAUAUUUGUCUAAAUAGCAUGUACUACCUUCAUCUGCUUUGCACUUUUAGCGCGUCUUGCUCUUUUGUGUAUUUGUCACGAUAUCCUUUUGUCGACGAGGCUUAUUUUCAGGUGUUGGGGAAAUGGCUGGCAUUUUGGUUGGGAGGAAAAAGCAUGACCAAGAUCUGUACUGGACGACAUUAUGAAGAAAUGGCGGGCUUUCACGAGCGGUCGGAGUAUGCGGGUUAUGGAAUUGACCAGCCGCAGCCACUCCGUGUAGAGUACAUAUCUGUAGAUUUGCACAUAAGAAAAAGAAACAAUAAUCCAACAAGUCUAAGAUAGGGCUUGAGUCACUCAUCUGAUCAGUCUCACUGCUUCAGACAAGACUUCCGUGCCGCUAUUGUCUCGACGCCAAAAAAAAGCAAUGAAAAAGUGAUCAAAAAAGUGACCCAGCGAUCUGGUCCAUGGCUGAUCCCGUGGUAAAUCAUCAGCGGGACAGGCAUCUCUUUGCUGGCUAGACGAGGCUGAUAUGGCACCCCACCA